CAGUCAGUCAGCUAGCUAGCCAACCAGUCAGUCAGUCAGUCAGUCAGCCAGCCAACCAGCCAGUCAGUCAGCUAGCUAGCCAACCAGUCAGUCAGUCAGUCAGUCAGCCAGCCAACCAGUCAUUCAUUGUCAGUCAGUCAGUUAACCAGCCAGUCUGUCAGUCAGCCUGCCAGCUAACCAGUCAUUCAGUCAGUCAGCCAACCAGUCAGUCAGUCAGUUAGUCAGUCCAUCAGCCAGCCAACCAGUCAGUCAGUCAGUCAGCCAACCAGUCAGUCAGUCAGUUAGUCAGUCCAUCAGCCAGCCAACCAGUCAGUCAGUCAGUCAACCAGUCAGUCAGUUAGCCAGUCAUUCGUUUAGUCAGUCACUCAGUCAGCCAGCCAGCCAAGCAGUCAGUCAGUCAGUCAGUCAGUCAGCCAGCCAGCCAACCAAUCAGUUAGUCAGUCAGUCAGUCAUUCAGUCAGCCAGCCAGCCAGCCAGUGAGUCAGUGAGUCAGUCAAUGAGUGAGUCAGCCAGCCAUCCAGCAAGCUAACCAUUGAGCCAGUGAGUGAGUAAGUCAGUCAGCCAGCCAACCAGUCAGUCAGUCAGCCAGCCAGCCAAGCAGUCAGUCAGUCAGCCAGUCAGUGCUGGAGUGUGUGAAGUAUGCCAGAGACUGGAAUGAGAUGAUGCAAGUGAUACUGACUGAGUUAGGGCAUGAUAGGAAUGAAAGAGUGGAGAAGACAGGAAAGGAAUGGAUGGUGUUGUUGCUGGGACUGUGUAGAGAGGCGAAUGAAAGGAUGAUUGAGGCGGUGAAAGAGUUUCUGGAGAGAAUGUGGCGUGCCAGGUGUAUGAACAAUUAGGAUAGAGGAUGCUGUUCGUUUCUCUUUUUUUUUCCCCCUUCUACAGGAGUUGCCGAUCCAAAGGCCUGGCUCAGGAGUGAUCCUGUGCCACCUGUACCAUCAAGAUCAAGAUCAGGGAGCAGAGGCGGCGUGGUGCUGUGGUCAGUGAUCAGGUCACGCCGAGUGUGCGGCAGAUUGCGCCUGUGUUUGAGCUGGCCUGGGUCACCUGUGGCCACCUGGUCACCUGUCUACUCUGUGUCUGGUGGAGGGAACAGAGGCGGCGUCCCCGUGGUGCUGUGGUCAUUGGUCAGGUCACGGCGAGUGUGCGGCAGAUUGCGCCUGUGUUUGAGCUGGCCUGGGUCACCUGUGGCCACCUGGCGGACUGGCGGCGCCUCCCUGGCCUCACCUGAGGGCGUGCAGCAGGACAUCAGUGGUGAGAGACAAAAAGACCCGACCAGCAAGCCCUCCCAUCCAUUCUGCCGCAGAGUCCCUCAGGUUAGUGGCCGGCAUGUCCUCCUGUCCAUUCUACCCCAGAGCCCCUCAGGUGCCAGAUUGGCAUCCAGUGGCGGGACUCCCUCUGUGCAUCCUCGGUGCAGCCCCAGUGUUCCUGCAGAACUGACCACUACCAAGAGCAGUGUUGCAAUGGAGGAUGUGAUGCCAGGCAGCAGCAGUAGCAGCAGUAUGAACAGCUGGGAGCAGUUGCUCUUCUAGACAGGGUGGAAUCAAAAGCUUUUCGUCUCAUCAACUCCUCUCCUCUCAGUGACUUUCUUCAGCCUCUCUCUCACUGCCGCAGUGUUGCAUAUCUAGCUGUCUUCUACCGCUAUUUUCAUGCUAACUGCUCUUCUGAUCUUGCUAACUGCAUGCCUCCUCUCCUCCUGCUAACUCUGUACAGGGGCCUUUUCCGUCCAUGUAUGGAGUAUGCUUGACAUGUCUGGGGGGGUUCCACUCAUACUGCUCUUCUAGACAGGGUGGAAUCAAAAGCUUUUCGUCUCAUCAACUCCUCUCCUCUAACUGACUGUCUUCAGCCUCUCUCUCACCGCCACAAUGUUGCAUAUCUAGCUGUCUUCUACUGCUAUUUUCAUGUUAACUGCUCUUCUGAUCUUGCUAACUGCAUGCCUCCCCUCCUCCCGCGGCCUUGCUGCACAAGACUUUCUUCUUUCUCUCACCCCUAUUCUGUCCACCUCUCUAACACAAGAGUUAACCAGUAUUCUCAAUCAUUCAUCCUUUUCUCUGGUAAACUCUGGAACUCCCUGCCUGCUUCUGUAUUUCCACCUUCCUAUGACUUGAAUUCCUUCAAGAGAGAAGUUUCAAGGCACUUAUUCAUCAAUUUUUGACCACUGCUUUGACCCUUUUAUGGGACUGGCAUUUCAGUGGGCAUAUUUUUUUUAUUGGAUUUUUGUUGCCCUUGGCCAGUGUCUUUCCUACAUAAAAAAAAAAAAUGAAAAAACCACAAGUGUGACCACUGCAGGAAGACAUUUGCCCAGAAGAGUCAUCUUGCUUCACACAUCCUCACCCACACUGGGGAGAGAAUGUUCCAGUCCCUGGAGUGUGGGAAAAGAUUUACCAGGAAGGGUUCCCUUGACAGACACAUCCUCACCCACACUGGGGAGAGAAUGUUCUAGUCCCUGCAGUGUGGGAAAAGAUUUACCAGGAAGGGUUCCCUUGACAGACACAUCCUCACCCACACUGGGGAGAGAAAAUUCCAGUGCCUGGAGUGUGGGAAAAGAUUUACCAUGAAGGGUUCCCUUGACAGACACAUCCUCACCCACACUGGGGAGAGAAAGUUCCAGUGCCUGGAGUGUGGGAAAAGAUUUACUCGGAAAGGUCAUCUUGACACACACAUCCUCACCCAUACUGGGGAGAGAAAGUUCCAGUGCCUGGAGUGUGGGAAAAGAUUUAUCCAUAAAGGUGAUCUUAAUAAACACACCCUCACCCACACUGGGGAGAGGAAGUUCCAGUGCCUGGAGUGUGGGAAAAGAUUUAUCCAUAAAGGUGAUCUUAACAAACACACCCUCACCCACACUGGGGAGAGAAAGUUCCAGUGCAUGGAGUGUGGGAUAAGAUUUAUCCUUAAAGGUGAUCUUAACAAACACAUCCUCACCCACACUGGGGAGAGAAAGUUCCAGUGCCUGGAGUGUGGGAAAAGAUUUAUCCAUAAAGGUGAUCUUAACAAACACAUCCUCACCCACACUGGGGAGAGAAAGUUCCAGUGCCUGUUGUGUGGGAAAAGAUUUACCAGGAAGGGUUCCCUUGACAGACACAUCCUCACCCACACUGGGGAGAGAGAGUUCCAGUGCCUGGAGUGUGGGAAAAGAUUUACCAGGAAGGGUUACCUUGACAGACACAUCCCCAACCACACUGGGGAGAGAGAGUUCCAGUGCCUGGAGUGUGGGAAAAGAUUUACCAUGAAGGGUUCCCUUGACAGACACAUCCUCACCCACACUGGGGAGAGAGAGUUCCAGUGCCUGGAGUGUGGGAAAAGAUUUACCAGGAAGGGUUCCCUUGACAGACACAUCCUCACCCACACUGGGAAGAGAAAGUUCCAGUGCCUGGAGUGUGGGAAAAGAUUUACCAGGAAGGGUUCCCUUGACAGACAUGUCCUCACCCACACUGGAGAGAGAAAGUUCCAGUGCCUGGAGUGUGGGAAAAGACUUACCCAUAAAGGCAGUCUUGACAGACACACCCUCACCCACACUGGGAGAUAGUAAAGUGGCUGUCUUCUACAACAAGGACAUUCCAGCAGGGAGACACACACACACACACACACACAAGGUGGGGGAACAAAACCUGAUAAUGUUAUCUGGAACAAAGAAGAGAAAACAGCCAAAAUGAUAGAUGUUGCAGUCCCCAGUGACUAAGGCCUCAGUAGAGCUGAAAGGAAAAAAAUUACAAAAUAUCAAGACCUAAGAAAUGACCCACGAACAACGUGGUCACUGACGGACGUCGGUAUAACACCAGUGGUGGUGGCGACGACAGGGCUGAUGAAGAAAAACCCGGAGAGCUGCCCUGAGGCAAUCCCUGGUCCCCCAGGUGCCCACGAGGUACAAACAGCUGCGGUCAAGGGAACAGUCGCCGUCCUGAAGAGAGCCCUCGGAUACACUGCUAACACUGCUUAGGGUGUAACUUUAGACCCCAGGCUUGGGGCCCAUUGCACUCACCAAACAAUGAAACAAGAAAAUGCAGAAAACAGGGAGAGAAAGUUCCCAGGCCUGCAGUGUGGGAAAAGAUUUGCCCUGGCAAUACCAGUGGUGACGUGGGUGUGGUGUGGUGACUGGCCACAACAUUACUGCCACAAACCAGCUGGCAAUACCAGUGGUGACUUGUGGGUGUGGUGUGGUGACUGGCCACAACAUUACUGCCACAAACCAGCUGGCAAUACCAGUGGUGACUUGUGGGUGUGGUGUGGUGACUGGCCACAACAUUACUGCCACAAACCAGCUGGCAAUACCAGUGGUGACUUGUGGGUGUGGUGUGGUGACUGGCCAAAAGGUUUAUCCUGCAAUGUAAUGUUGACAAACAUCCUCACCCACACUGUGGUAAGGAAGUACAGGUGUGGUGUUUGUGGCAGUGUUUGUGUAGCAAGAGUGGUGUUGCCAGACACAUCCAAACACACCUGUGGGGGGUGAGGUGUUGUGGAUGUGGUGGUGGUGUGUGAGGGACUUGGAGUGACUAGUGUUUGUGUGUUGUUACUUUGUACUCAAGUGUUGGAAUAAACUUUUGUUGCUAGAA